CUGAUUUACUUUCCACGUUGGCCACGCAUGCGUCUAAGUAAUUCAGCAAAGAUGGCUACAGAGAAAGAUGUUGACGAACUUUUUGAGAUAAAAACUGCUUUAUAUACGGGGAAUUAUCAACAGUGCAUCAAUGAAUGCCAAAAAUUAAGGCUGUCCAACCCAGAUCUUAAAACAGCUAAGGAUGUUAUUAUGUACAGAGCUUAUGUCGCUCAGAGAAAAUAUGGUGUUGUUUUGGAUGAAAUUAAUUCUUCACACCCUCCAGAGCUGCAAGCAGUUAAGAUGUUUGCUGACUAUCUAUCCAAUGAAAGCAAGAGGGCAUCUAUAGUAAGGGACUUGGACCAGAAAAUGAGUGCCAGUGUGGAUGUUUCCAACAGCACAUUCUUAGUCAUGGCUGCCUCCAUCUACAACCAUGAACAAAACAGUGAUGCUGCACUUAGAGCCCUACAUCAAUCUGAUGCACUGGAAUGCAUUGGUCUUACAAUCCAGAUAUUACUCAAGUUAGAUCGAGUUGACCUUGCAAGGAAAGAGCUGAAAAGAAUGCAGGAGAUAGAUGAAGACAGCAUUCUCACACAACUGGCACAGGCCUGGUUUAACCUGGCUGUGGGAGGGGAGAAAUAUCAGGAUGCCUAUUACAUUUUCCAAGAGAUGGCUGACAAACACAAUUCCACACCUCUGUUAUUGAAUGGCCAGGCAGCCUGUUACAUUGCCCAGGGCAAAUUUGAUGAUGCCGAAUCUGUACUGCAAGAGGCCAUGGACAAGGACUCCAAUAAUGCAGAAACUCUUGUGAACAUGAUUGUUUUAACGCAGCAUAUUGGAAAACCACCAGAGGUCAGUAACAGAUACGUAUCCCAGCUGAAGGACUCUCAUCGCAACCAUCCAUUUGUCCGGGAUUAUUUACAAAAGGAGAGUGACUUUGACAGAAUUUCUCGGAAUUACUCUCCAUCUGUAUCAGCCUAACAUACAAACACUAUUUUAUCUUUGUUUACUGUGAAAAAAGACUUAUGAAUGUUCCUGAAUGUGAAAUGAAGAACAUGUAAUAGAAAAAAAAAAUGUUUUAAAAUCAUGGCAGAUGUUUCAUUGCAUAAAUACAUGUAUUUAUUCAUCUUUAA